UCAAACAGGAACACAAAAGCCCAAACAUUCACCCAGAUCCUGAAAACUGGAGCACAUAAACAGACCAAGGCAAUAAGUAAAAAAUGGAAAACUAUGGCUGGCAUGAAGACAGCAAAAGAAAUAAUUCCAUAUUCAAUAUAAGCGACCUUUGCAUGCUCAUGCAUCUGUAAUAUUAUUAUCAUAGCAGCUACAACCAUACUCAUCAAUUAUUUGACCAAUCCUGUCUACCCACCUCAGCUAAUCGUUUUAUUUCCCUCCUGCUCUACUGGUCUCUCUCAACAGACUCCAACUCAUUUUCCAUCCCUUUCUGUUUUUCAAUACUUAACCUUUAACUAAAACAGACAAACGUGGGACAAUCCCUCCAGUUAAUUUGUUCCUCUCAAAUUUUACCUCUUGAAGAAUUUUUACCUCGAAGUUUGUCAAUAACACUCAUCCUCACCUUUUCUUUUGACCCUCUCACCUUCAUCCUUUGCUGCACAAAACAUACAGAACUAAGUUCCAUUUAUUCCCUUUGUUGUUUGUACUACGCUUUAGCUCCAAACAACAAAAGGUCAAAGAAGGACAGACAUGUUUUAUUUAUAGAGCAUCUCCAACCUCUCCUCUUAAAUAUUACUGGAAAAAUUAUCAGUAUCAUGCUGUUUCAUAUUGGCAGACACAAAUAAUAUUAAUAUACAUUUGAUAGAAAAAGUUGAAACACUCCAUUUAAAAUCCUGGGUUUUUGAGAUGAAAAAAAAAUGAAUAAAAUAAAUAAUUUAAAACUGUUUUACAUCCAAAUUGACAAACUGAACUGAACUCAAAAUUUGCCAGGGGCCAGAAAAUUUUUAACAAAAUGAGUUUAACACUACCAUCUCUCAAUGUAAAAGAUGUAUCAAUUUUUGGAGAAAAAAGGUUGGUUUAUUUACAUUUCAGGCUGCGACACAAACGUUUUCUUGUAGGCAGAAGGCCCUGGGCCCCUGCCAUGGGCAUGGAAUUUGCAUGUUCUCCCUGUAUAUGCCUGGGUUCUUUCUAGGCACUUCAAAUUGCUCUCACAGUAAAAAAGCAUGUCUGUUAGGGUACCUGUUCACUCUGAAUUGUCCUCAGGUACGAUGCAUUCAAAACAUAUUCACAGUGCUUCAUUGUUUUCACAUUUUGAUAAGGUACACCCUUUUUUCAAAUAGUUCUAAAUGAAUCCCUUUCUUCAAAAUUCUGCAGACAAAUAUGGUAUUAUAAUUAUGUUUAAAAAAAGCUGUUAAUUUGUUAAAAAUUGAAAACCAAGAAGUCACAUUUAUGUAAGUAUACAGUCUUUACUUAAUACUUUGUCGCUCCACCUUUGGCUGCACCUCAUCUUUAACUAGGUUAAGAAGGUGAGGCUUUUUCUACUACACUUAAAUGAUGCCUAAUACAACAAUGUCAACACUAAUGUCUAGAAUAGAUACUCAUCUUUAAUCCUCAUUUCCUUUCAUUUUUCCCUUAGUGCCAUUUUACUGACAGAAAUUCAUGAUGUCUUCUGUCAACCCUUCUGCCUUAUACUUUUUCUCUUUCACUAUUUUUCUGUUUUCUCCUUUUUCUCUUUUUGCCAAUCCACCAAGGACAUGGAUGUCUUCUUCUGCCCAACCCCCCGCCCUCUCAAACACACUUUCAUUUGGUAAGUCUCUUCUCUCCUGUUUUUUUUCUCAUCUUUCCAAAAGAUAACACUGUGCAAGCUGUUUCAUCUUUCUCCUCCCCACAGAGAAGACUGCCCAGCGGAGAAGCAGAGUCAGCAUUUUCAGCAUUCUCUGAUGUCACACACCCUGACCCCCUCACUCACAUAAUAAAUUCUAGACAGCUGAGGAAUUAAGGAACCACUAUGUCUUUCGUUUUAAUUCUUCUGCAUCAGGCACAUUCACAGCAGACUGACUUUCAGGAGGUGCGGAAGAGCAGCUUCGCCACUAUAGAAAACUCUGGUUAACUGGUGAACUCAAGUUUGAGAAAAAACACAGGAAAUGUAAAACAUCUCUGGACCUGGCGUUCAAAGUCUGACUUUUAUAUGUAUUGGAAUUGGGAGCAACAAUUUAAAUAAUUGGCUGAAGAGAGGGAGCUUCCAGACAGACCGCAAGUUCGAGUGGCGAGGAAUGAGCAGGGAAGAGUUUGAGUGACGAAAGAAGGCAAGGGGGUAGAACAUGUGAGAAAUUGAGGGGUGGAAGGGGGGUAGAGAAAGAGAGGUGAAGAUACUUACAGUGAAGGGAGGGAGAAGGAGAGAUGGGGAGGCUGAAUGUGUUAAUACACAGGAACACUGCAUCAAACCAAUGCACUGCUCUUAGGCUGGCUGAGCAGCUGAGAGGAGUGCGUCAGCAGUACAUUCACGUUCCCACUGAAGGACAAAGGGAGGGGGCAGAGCGAGCAUCUUAGCUGCCUGCAACACCGACACACAUUGGAGGGGGGGGGGGGGGCAGAGAAAAGAGAGAUUGGAGAAUAAACAAGAAAAAGAGAUGAGGAUAAGAAUGCUGCUCCUGCUGUUUCUGUGACGGUGGGCUGGCUAUGAGAGUGCUCGCGUGGCUUUCCAUCUCUCCCUCGCAAACUCUGCUUUGUACACUCUAUCUUUCUUUUGCUCUUAAUCUAUCAAGGAUUCUUUCUCUCCUUUUCUUUUAAGCUCCACAUGCACUCUCUCUCUGUGCUACUUCGACUACUGCAGCAGUCCACCAGCCAGCGUCAAGUCUGACAGCCACACACAUGGCUAACAGCCACAACUUACUACCUCAGCCCCGGAGAAAGAAAUAACAAAAACGCCAACAGAAGGACACUGCAGGAGACAGUCCAUGGGACAAAACAAAAAGCGAAGAAGAGAAUUCCCAACAUUUUUCCUUGUUUAUGGAUACAGACACGGAACCCACUUCCACUGUUGUCCUCCCAGCGUCAUCUUUUCGCUUCUCUCUUGUUGCAGGAGAGGACAAGAGUACUCUCUCUCUUUUUCCCUCUCUCUUCCGUCAGCCUUUUGCAAAGCUCCGACAGUGCAGCGUAUCCCUCACCCCCGCCCCCCAACCCUCCACACACCGCCACCAUCUCUCCCACCACCCUCUACCCCCUUCCCCCCCAGGAGGAAUAGACGGAUUACUGCUAACUGUGCACUCGGCAGCAUGCAGCUGCUCUGACCGGGGCCAGCCCAACGUUGGGAGGAAGCAAGAGGAAAGCAGAGGAUGAGCGAAAAGGGUGAUGACUGUGCCGGGAGUUCUUUAGUCUUUUUUUUGUCUCCCACUCUCUGUCACAACAGGGCUAAUCAGCGACCGACAAGCCCUUGGCAAAGUCACAGUAAGGGAGGUCUCUCACCCAAACAGGCAACCAACCAACGAGCCAACACAUGUACCAGGAGAUGACUGAGAAGGGAAUUUUUUUCUUUAAUUUCAGUUAGUCCCAUCUUUUCUGCUCCUCUGUGGCAAUCAGCUACGUAAUGGAUCAUUGUGAUUUAUCCAUGGUGGAGCAGCAUUUUGGAAUCUGCAGCCUGGCAGGAGGGGAGUGAGUGGAGGAAGAAAGGAUCUAAGCACCUGCUAAGAUUUCAUGGCCUUACCUUUUUCUCUCAGUGUUUUCUUAGCUGGUUUUUGUUUUUAAAUUUAAGAAGACAUUUUAUAUCCUUGGCUAAAAAAUAGAGUUGCAUGACUUUUUCAAAAGACGGGGACAAGAGAGAAUAUAUAUUCUCUGUCAUUUGAUGGAAAAGAUUUCUCAGUUAAUAUGACUCAUGGCUGUUGCUUUUAACUUUUGGGAAAAUGGAGCACCUUUAAACUAAUGAGCAUCUUCCUGCACUGUCGAUGGAACUUGGGAGCCUUGAGCUGCUCCAGCCAGGCUAGGGUGGUCUGUCCUUCGGUGUGUCCCGUCUCCCCCCACCAUGCAGAAUAAUGAGCCCUCCACACCAUGAGUCCGUUGGCCCAGGUUAAUGUGCAGUCUACCUGGAACACAGCCCUGCUAGCCGUGGUUUCCCUCAUGGUGCCUGCUCUCAGUAUGUGCCAGUCCACAGGGCCGGAGUUGGGCUCAACAAUUCCACUGAACUGUCCAGGUGUUUGCUCCUGCACUAACCAGCUCAGUAAGGUGGUGUGCACCCGCAGAGGCCUGAUCAGGGUUCCUCCGAACAUCCCAGCCAACACCAGGUACCUGAACCUGAUGGAGAACAGCAUAGAGACCAUACAAGCAGAUACCUUCCGACAUUUGCAUCAUCUGGAGGUGUUGCAAUUGGGCAGAAAUGCAAUCAGGCAGAUUGAAGUUGGGGCUUUUAAUGGUUUGACUAGCCUCAAUACUCUGGAGUUGUUUGACAACAGACUAACAGUCAUACCAAGUGGAGCUUUUGAGUAUCUUUCAAAAUUGAGAGAGCUGUGGCUCAGAAACAAUCCAAUUGAGAGCAUUCCCUCUUAUGCCUUUAACAGAGUUCCCUCACUCAUGAGACUAGACUUGGGAGAGUUGAGGAAGUUGGAGUACAUCUCUGAAGGGGCUUUUGAGGGCCUUCAUAACCUCAAGUACCUGAAUUUAGGGAUGUGCAGUUUGAGGGAGUUUCCCAAUUUGUCACCUCUCUUGGGACUGGAGGAGUUGGAGAUUUCUGAAAAUGUUUUCCCAGAGCUAAAGCCCGGGGCCUUCCGUGGGCUGAAGAAUUUGCGUAAACUUUGGAUUAUGAACUCUGCCAUUACCAUCAUUGAGAGGAAUGCAUUUGAUGACAUCACUGCUUUGGUGGAGUUGAAUCUAGCCCAUAAUAAUUUAUCAUCCCUUCCCCAUAACCUGUUCAUCCCUCUACAGUACCUGGUGGAGCUACAUCUACACCAUAACCCUUGGCGCUGUGAUUGUGAUGUAGUUUGGCUUUCCUGGUGGCUCAGAGAAAAUAUUCCCACAAAUUCCACCUGUUGUGGACGCUGCCACACUCCAGUCCAGAUGAGAGGAAGAUACUUAGUGGAAGUUGAUCAAACAACGUUUCAGUGUUCAGCACCAGUCAUACUCGAUGCUCCAAGAGAUCUGAACAUUUCUGCUGCAAGGGUGGCGGAAAUGAAGUGUCGUACAGCAGCAAUGAGCUCGGUCCGAUGGCUUCUCCCCAAUGGGACUGUGUUAACCCAUAGCUCUGCUCAUCCAAGGAUAUCUGUUCUCAAUGAUGGGACACUCAACUUUUCCAAUGUUCUCCCUUCAGACACGGGAGUCUACACUUGCAUGGUGAGCAACAUGGCAGGCAAUUCCAAUGCCUCUGCCUAUCUCAAUGUCAGCAAUGCUGAACUUAACACUUCUAAUCUAUCCUACUUUACAACUGUCACAGUGGAAGUGUUAGAGCCCACAGUGGAGGAGACCCCUAAGCCCAAGCCCACUUUACCCGCUUCACCCUCUGUUUUUCAACCUGUGUUCAUCUCCACACCAACUGUGCUGUUCCAAAAUACUCAAACUCCAAGGCAGGUAUCAAUUCCUACAGCCAGAGUCCCUAGUGGGCCACCUGCCAGUCUGGAUGAGAUGAUGAAAACCACAAAAAUCAUCAUUGGCUGUUUUGUAGCUGUUACAUUGCUGGCAGCUGCCAUGUUGAUAGCAUUCUAUAAACUGCGUAAGAGGCAUCAGCAGAGAAGUACUGUGGCUGCAGCCAGGACAAUAGAAAUCAUACAAAUGGAGGAAGAGGUUCCACCUGUUCCACCACCUACAUCCGGAUCUAGUGGCUCUGACGAAACAGGUUUGGUACUGCCAACAUUAGUGGAACAUAACAGCAACACAUUUAAACCUGGAUAUGUGUCAUCUUCCUCUUCAUCCCGUCAAGGGAGCUAUGGGGCUCACUGGACCCAGAACAAUUCUCUCCAUCGCUCAGUCAGACAGCACCACAGCCACAUCAGCAUCAUUGCUGAUCCCUAUGUCAUAAUGACCUCACACGGCAAGGAGAAAGUUCAAGAGACCCAAAUCUGAAUUAAACUCCCUGUGGAUCUAUUUAUGACUCAGUCCAAACCUCUGUUCUCAAAUCUGCUCACCAGUCCAUGCAAUAUAAUGCACAAAGAGCAAAAUGUUAACUUUCUUUUGUACAGAAGUGCAAAACAGACUUUUUUUUCUUGUAUAUGCCUAUACAUAAAUAUAUAAAUAUGAAAAAUAUAUAUGACUGAAACUCCAGCCAGACAUUGGUUAAAAAAAAGCAGAGUAUAUCAAGAAAGAAAGUAAUUUGAAACUAUUUUCUAAUAUCUGAUGACUUCUAUUUAAAAAAAAAAGACAAUAAUUUGCUUUUCUGACUGAAAGUAGAAAGUGGUACUGUCUAAUGUAACUAAAGAGGCAUUUAGUUUUUUUCACCCCAUUUAGGGAAAAGUAAAACUCUUCAUAAAGGCACCAGUUUAUAAUUGCAAUUCAACAUGCAAACUCCUGUUUUUACUGUGCCAAAUAUAAUAUGCAAUAAAACAGAAUUCCCUAACUAAAGAACAAAAAAAACAUUAGUAAAGUAAUGAUAGAUAUAAACAUUUGUCCUAUAACAGCAAAAUAGCCAGGAUAAAUUGUGCUGUUUGGUAGCUAUCAGCCAAAUGCUUUUGGACUGCAGUGAAUUUCUGCAGCUAAGGAUUAACUCUGUGUUUGCUGGCGCACGUUGUAUUUCUUUAGACAGUGCCAGUGCUUUAUUUUGUAGCGCAUCUGAACAUGUUUAUUUAAUGUGUACAUGAUUCUUCACUGGUUCAACUGGCAAAGGUGACAUGCAGUCUAAUAACAACUGUUGCUAAAAUUUUAUUUUCUGUCAUUGGUUGCAUUUUGUAUUCUCCCUGUAGGUUUUUGACAUGCUUCUUAAUGGCUUGUGUAGUGUUUAGGGCUAAUUUAGUAAUGCAUUACAGCAGUUGCCUGACUCGUCUUUGCAAGGGCUCAUUCCAACGCUAAUUUUUUAAAAGAAAAUGGGGCUUUGCUGAUGAUUCUACUUUUGGAAUUACAAAACACAGAGUACUGAAGUCAAACAAAUGAAUGUCUGACACUGGAGCUUUUCCUUGGACUAAACUAAUAAAUUAUUUUACUUUAAUUUCACCUUUUAUUUUUAGCAACACUGUUUUUAUGGAGCAACAAAGAAGGCAAUGGAAGUAAUAAAAAACAUAAUUUGGUUUGUGUUUCACCAAUCUGAAAGACUUUCAUCUGAUGUGUUUUUUUUCCUUCUGUCAGUAUCUUUAUAUUUGUGUAGGUUGUUUAGUCUUAAAGGCUGAAGGCAGUAAUGUAAAUGGUAUCUUACCCCACACCCUUAUCGUAUGGUCCUAUGCAUUUACUUCGUGUCUGCAUGAAUGGGUCUUUAAGUAAUUGGUGUACAAUGCUGCAUUAUACCCCACAGUGGGGCUCUAUGCAGGUCAGAUAAGCUGUUGGUCUUUGAUGCCUCAGCUUAGUUCUUAACAUUGAUUUCUCAGUGACUGUGAAGGGGAAAAAUACAUGUCUGACACAGUCAUACACAGAUUGUGCAUUCCUUUUCUUACAUUCUCAUCCUCAGACCUAAUUAUGUUCUGAAUCUCAUAUUAAUUGAGAAAAGAAAAAAAAAUGUUUAUGUUGUGUUGUUAUCAUGGAAAAAAAUAAAUAAUAUAAAUUGCAGUGCAAGGCACCUUAAGCAAUUUGCAGUGACACCUAAUAACAAAGCAAUUUGUUUUAAAUUUUUGCUUUUUUUUUCAUCAGAUGCUGUUUGUGUCAGUGAAUUUCUGAGCAAUGAUCUUGAUGUCAUGCAGCUACAAAGCCAGCUAUCAUAACUGUGGCUUCUUUCUGUGAUCAUUUAAAUGCCUCUUCUAUGAUGUUUAAUUGUUGCCAUUUCUACAGUCACUCAGCAGUUUUCCAUAUAUUGUAAUGAUUUGACAUAUGCUAUUCAAAAGUGUAGGUUAAUGGUCAUUUGAAAGUUUUAUAUUUCAGUGCAAUUUUUCUAAUGCUGAAGAAACUUGAUAUAAAGAGGAAAUUAAGAUAUGACACCUGCGAAAAUAAUAAAGCAUUGUGAAUUGAAGCCACCACAAAUAUUUCAUUUGAAUUCUCAGCACUGCACGACUAUUAUCGUACAUCAUGCAGAAUUGUUGGCACCCUGACAAAUAUUUGGGAAAAGCAUUUUAAAAAAAUCUUUUUUCUCUAAUGAUCUCAAAUUUAAUAAAAAAACGGUAAUAUUCAAUUUGAAUACAUUUACUGUAUUCAAAUUGAAUAUUGCUUAUUCAAAUUGUAUUCUUAAAUUUGAAUACAAAAAUAUCUUAUAGUGACAAAAAAUAUCUUACAAAAUUAUUGUUUUAGGCAAACUCACUCAUUGCACCAUCAUUUGUACCCCUAAUGUUCAUGGAAGAAAGAUGAUUUGUGUCUGAAGUAUUUCUGGCUUGAUUUGACCAAAUGUUAUGGAUAAUUUUCCUGCCAAAAGAUCAUAUUUUGGCCAUUUUUUUAGUUUUCUGGUAGAAUCUGCUACAUUUAUAUUUAACAUUUAAAUAUGAAAAUUGUUUUAAAGAGAAACAAGUCCACAGUAUCACAGGUCAUCUGCUUAAUCAUGGUCAUAAUGUGUUUUUUUUACACAUUCGUAUUUUGUUUCAUAUUUGGAGUGUAACAAGAUACCAUAGCAGGAGAUCUUGUGAAAUAAAAAAAAUCAUAAUAUUUUUCUUGAAAGUGAAGUCGUUCUUGUAAAGCUUGCCCAGGUAUGUGAUGUCAAACUGGAGUAUUAGCUCUUAUUGUUGGCUCUGAAUAUGAAGGAUGGUGCUUUCCACCUGACCACUUGUUAUAGCUAAGUUUGAGAUUUUUAUUUUGAAAUAAUAAAAAUGCAUUGACAGAGUCUGCUCAUAAACUGCCAAUCACGCUUGGAGUGUUGGUGAAUUCCUAAAUGUAAUUAAAUUAUUUUUCCAGAAGCAUUUUGGGUAACCCAAGAAUAAAAAAAUAGACUAAAAGGCAAGAUGUGUAUGAUUUGUAUGUACUACAGGGACACUGCAACUGCUUUACCAUUAUCCCAGUAACACUGCACAUAUCUUUGUGGGUCAGCUUACACUUACUUUUCAAAUCUAUCAAAUAAAGAUGCAAAAACAGCAUCUAGCAAACUUGUUUAGCUUUAGUUAAUGGCAUCACGAAUGGUAAGUCAUUACAUUUGCAUAUCUUCUUCCCAGAAUCCCAGAUCAUCAGAAAGUGCAAUGUAUGUUUUGCAUAUUCAUGAAGGCGGACACACUAGAUUAAUUGUACCUGUGAUUCUCCUCAUUUUGCAAUCCUGUUUGCAUGUUGUUUGUAAAUCAGGUUUGUGCAUAAUACCAAGUUUGUACAUGUUUUACUUACACCCACAGACCUUUAAAAAAAUCAGACUCCUAGACUAAUCAAAUGUGAACUUGACAAUUCUAUAUGUAACUGACUCCUUCGAACAAAUUGGUAAUUACAAAACCCUCAUUUUAUUUGUGAGAACACAAAAGGAAAAAAAGUAAUGAUUUUUGCUAUUAGACUCACUUUAAAAUGAUACAGGCAUAAAAACUGACAAAUGCAUUUGCCAAAUCUGGACAAUCAGCGAUUUGAUUUGUGAACCUUUCCUAUCUUCAUGAAUAUAAAAAGAGAAUUCUUAGAUCUUCCCCAAAAUAUUGUUAAAAUUGAGACAAUUCCUUUUUUGUCAUUGUACAUUAUACAACAAAAUUACGUAGAGCGUUUUAAAAAAUUAUAUGAUAAUAUCUCUGAAAAAAAUCUUCUGAAAAAAUGUGCUG